AUUCAAGGUCGUAGUCGCUGUCAAUUGAACCUAGGUAGGAUCUGUAACCACUUGGUGUAAUCAAGGAUGUAGCUGCAAUCGUGGGCCGUCGCCAACUCGCCAUCCUCAGAAAUGUCGUCAUGGUCCGCUGCAAGGCCGCCACCGCUGGCUCCCGUUGCAAGGACGUCGUCAUCGUCAUCUGUUGUGGGGCUGUCGUCAUCGUUGCUGCAAUCCGUAGUCCUCAAUCAGGCCGCCAUCGUCCUCAGCUAGUCCGCCUAUCUUCCUCGUUCAGAUCGGAGUCAUCCUCAUCCAGGCCACCAUCUUCCUCAGCCAUUCCGACGCCACCUUUAUGACAAACCUAAGUGGAGAAGAUGAAAUGGAUUCCAGAGGCAAGCAAUUCAGAAGCGUGAGCUGGUGUCGUUUUUGUCUUUUAUGGCGUUUCACAGGGUUGAACCUUUCUCCUUCAAGAGCUACUGGAAUAGUUUGAUACAGUGCCCCCUUUCUCUUGGAAAUCAGAUGGGAAUUUUGCGGCUUCAGUGAGCGCACUUGUGCGCCCAUUGACAACUAUGUGCAGAUGUGUCCCUGCACUGGCAGAGCUUCGGGAUUUACUUUCAACAUCUGAAAUUGGUCGUAAGCUGACUUUGGCCUGCCUAUAAGAAACAUUGUGGUUUGGGACUUUGGGUAGAUCUCUAACUGUCAGUGACUCUAUUUUUGCCAUAUCAGGCUCUAAUGUAAUCAAUGUCAUUGAGAAGAACAAAAGACAAAACACUGGUUGGAUUGCCAACAAAAACUAUAUUGACAUAUUAUCUGGAACUCUCUGAAGCAGAAAGGGGAAUUUAUGAGCAGAUGAAAUUUAUAGGCAAGGAAAUUAUUAAAAACUAUAUCUGUGAGGAAUGUUCAAUGAAGAAUUAUUGGACUACAAAAUAUGUGCAGAUGUGUCCUUGGUUCCUGCGAAACUUUGAGAUUUCCUUCCAACAGCUAAAAUUGGAGCGUGAGUGUGAUGCUGAUUGCAGCAGAAAUAGAUGUACAGAACUGCUCUCCAAGAUGCUAAUGGCACUACAAGAUCGCAAUGGCAUGGACUCCUCAAUUUGCAUACCACCCCCAAAAGACGUAGUUAUUAGAUGAUGUGCUCACAUCUUUUGCAAAAUGUGCAUCCUCAUGACACUCCAACAAAGCAAUCCGAGUCGGACCUCUUCUUCGUACCAUCAGAAGCUUUCAGAUACAAAGAACAGCAACAAAAGUUUCAAGGAAAUGGCCAAUGAUCAAGACCCAGCACAGCCCUUCAUGGAUGACCCUUUCACUGGUGCUCAUCAGUUUGCAGAGAGCUUAUCAUCUGCUUCUUCAUUCUCACCGAGUCACCGUAGCUGGCUGGCGACAUGUACCUGGUGGGCUUCGUGACUGCCAUUAUUUUGUGCCUCAGACACUACGCCGGCGGUGUCAUCACCUGCGAAUUGGUGAACCUUGUCUGUCAACCAUUCAACCCCUGUGACUUCCAUGCUAUCCAAGUGCUCAACCUUUGCAGCGAAGAGCUUGGCCACAUCGAGUCCUUCACUGCCCGAGUCUUAUCUCCUCUCAUGGAUGAUUGGAUUAUCAUGAUCGCAGGUAUAUCCAUGAAUCUAUGAUGGUUGGUGUCAAUUUUGCCAUUCUUUGAUGUUUGUAAGGAUCAUAGUCUGUGUUUUGUUUUGGUUAAAUUCUGCAUUUACUUGUGUUGGUGUGAUGGACUAGGUGUUAUGCCAAAGAUGUAUUGGGAAGGAUACAUAUAUGAGAUCCCAUGCCUAGUUCACAUCUUUGCCAGGAUAUCUGCAUUACAAUGGGAUUUAUGUAUAUUUUUGUGCACAUCUUGUGCACAUCUUUUGCACAUCUUUUGCACAUCUUGUGCACAUUGCACACUUUAUGUACAUAUCUUGCACACUU